AUGGAGCCAAAGAAUCUAACAAGUGUCUCAAAAUUCCUCCUCUUGGGCCUUUCUGAUGAUCCAGAAUUGCAACCCUUUCUCUUUGGGUUGUUCCUGUCCAUGUACCUGAUCAGUGUGUCUGGGAACCUGUUCAUUGUCCUGGCUGUCAGCUCUGACCACCACCUUCACACCCCAAUGUACUUCUUCCUUUCCAACCUGUCCUUGGCUGACUUUGGUUUCAUUUCUAUCACAAUCCCAAAGAUGUUGGUCAACAUUCAGACACAGAACAAAUCCAUCACCUAUGUGGGCUGCCUGAUACAAAUGUCCUUUUUAUAUUUCUUUGGAUGCCUGGAAAGUGUACUCUUGACUGUGAUGGCUUAUGACAGGUUUGUAGCCAUUUGUCACCCCUUGCACUACACAACCAUCAUGAACCCUGGCCGCUGUGGCUUGUUAGUUUUGAUGUCUUUUUUGAUCAGUCUUUUGGACUCCCAGUUGCACUGUUGGAUGGUAUCACAACUU